CCCGAGGGGGCGUCAGCUUUCUCGUCUCAUUCACCGAUCAAGAGCACUUUUAUUUUUCGCUUCAAAGCUAGCUUACUUCUUCUUUAUAGAUUUUAUUCGGGCUGUUUUUACGACAUAAAAGUCAACAGUAUAACAAUCAUGGCUGACGGGCCAAAGAACAUUGUCAAUCCGGAAUCCCCGACGACCGCUCGCCCGCUCGAUUUUGAUGACGAGCCUCUUGAAACGGGAGUAACUUCAACAACUCCAACACUUAGAACUCCGAAUGAUGAAGCUCCUCCGAAACCCCCGCGUCCACUUAGUCCCGAGCAGGAAGCUGAGAAUACGCUGAAGGAAGCAUUUCCAAGUAUCGAUGCCAGCGUUGUGAGAGCUGUGGUAGUGGCUAGUGGUGGAAACAUAGAUAGAGCCUUUCAUGCCUUACUCGGGAUGUCCGACCCGGAUGCGCAAGUUGACCCUCCUCCUAUGAAACCACCUCGCCCUUCAAUCGCUACAUCCACCACCCAGAGACAGCUCGAGCAAGAUGAAAUGUAUGCACGCCAGCUGGCCGAGCAUUAUAACCGUUCGGAACAGCACCGUAGCUAUCCUCAGUCUGGAUGGGAUCAUGAACCCCACUUACCACAGAGACAAAGAGAGACCGGCUUAAAGCCGAAUGAAUUAUAUGACGAUCGAGAACACAGCUUUAUUGAUGACGACCUUCCGAUAAUUAAAGAGAACAUCCGCAAGGGUUUCUUGGAAACCCAAACAAGAGUCAACACUUGGAUGCAAAAUUUAAAGAAGAAAUUGGAUGGCGAAGAAUCGGAAGAUGAGAUUAACUACGAGCAAAAUCGGCAAGGUCAGCAAUACAGACAAGGAUUUGGCGAGUCACAAAAUUAUCGACCAAGGAGAAGUGGUGAGGCUCGUCGCAGUGCGGACCGCGAACGAUAUGAUGCGGAUCCACGGGUUUUGAGUGAUGAUUUUGCAACCUUGGAAUUAAGAGAUGAAGAGGCACCUCCAAUUCGUCCACCGCGCCCCGCUGCCAACCCGGAUUUAUUCAAAUCUAAAUCAUCCUCCCCUGAUCAACGAAAGGUCUCAUUUCAAGAAGGCCCACCAGAGGAGAUCGGCGCCCCCCAUUCUUCCCGUUCAGAUUCUCAGAAUCGCGCUGCCCAACCACAAGGCAAGCCGAGUAAGUGGCAGCCGUUAGCCACGGUGGAGCCUUCUCCGGUUACGGAUCACGAUCCUUUUAGCCUUGGGGAUUCUGAUGACGAGAAAGAGGUUAAAAAGCAGGAGGUGAAGUCGGAGGAGAACGAGAAAAUAAAGUCGGCCACAACAGAAGCUGCCAGAGGGGAUGCUGGAGCGAGUGGUAGUAAUAGCAAAACCGACAGCACUUCCGGAAAUCCAUAACCUG